GUAAUCGCUACGAAGAUACGUUCGAUAACACCGUACAUCUACUGUGAUGCUCAACAGGCGUCUGCAAUGAAGGCACCCGCGUUUCCCCUUUCGGCGGCGAGACCUAGACUCCGUCUCACUCUCACUAUCACAGCCCCCAACUCCAACACUCGGGUCCGAUUACCCAAUCCCCCGAUCGCCUCGAAUCUAGCCCUACAAAACCCUCAGCUUCAUCGCGAGAUCAUUCUAGGAAGAGCGAAAAUUCCGAACGGAGCAAUCAGCUUGGAGAAACGUGUACGCGCUUGGGGGAUUUUGACAUCAAUCUUAUUUGUUUUGCUCGUGAUAUUUAGAGGGUCGAUAUCCCAGCGUUGUCUGCAGGCUUGCACUGUAACCCGUGAUCAAGAGGGAACAAGAACAUCAGCACGCAACGAUUCUCCGUCCAAGAUAUCGAACAAGCACAUAGACACAUACAGUCUCUCCCCAGCCAUCCAAAUCUCCUACCGACGACCCAAGCGAACCAACCCAAGCAAAUCAAUCAUGGCCGCACCCAAAGUGAUAAUCCUCAUGGCAGACUACGGCCACGACCCAACUGAAACAGCAAUUCCCUGGAUGCACUUCGACGCCGCCGGGUUCACCGUCUCCUUCGCGACAGAGACAGGCAAGACUCCCGCCUGCGACUCGCGCAUGCUCGAAGGUAUGACGGGUAUGCUCCUAGGCGCCGCGCAACCUGCAAAAACAGCGUAUAAGACGCUCUCGACGACGUGCGCAGCAUUCCAAGCGCCGCUAUCGUGGUCAGACCCCACCUUCGCGCUCACUGAUUACGAUCUCGUGUUCCUGCCAGGCGGCCAUGAUAAGGCGGUGCGACAAAUCAUUGACUCGCCGCGCGUGGGCGAGCUGCUGGCUACAUUUUUCCCGCUCACGCGAGUGAAUUCGGGCCAGAGGAAGUGUCUGGCGGCUGUGUGCCAUGGUGUGCAGGUUCUCUCUGCUGCGAAGUAUCCAGAUACUGGGAAGAGCGUGCUUCAUGAUGUGACAACCACGUCGCUGACGAGCUUCAUGGAGCAGAGUGUUUAUCAGGCCACGCGCUUGUUUUUGGGUGAUUACUAUAAGACGUAUGGCGCAGGCACCCCGAGUGUUGAGGAGUAUGUGAGGAGGGAAUUGGAUAAUCCGGAUGAGCAGUUCGAGAGUAGUAUGAGCUUUGCACCAUUUGUGGUGGGGGAUGAGAGGUACAAUUACAUCUCGGCAAGAUUCCCCGGCGACGUAGAGGAGUUUAGUAAGGCGGUCGUGGAAAGAGUCAAGAAAGUUAUGAUCUCAUAG